AUGAACGGCGACAAAGUAUUGGUACACGCAUUAACGACGAAAUUCCCCCACGGUGUUAAGAGUGAUAGCAACAGCCCUCUGAUUGAAAAUGACAACGCCGUUGAAAGUGUGGUGCAGGUCAAAUGCUCAUGGCACCCCAUGGUUUCCUCGUCUGAGGCAUCCAGCAACUACUACGCCUUGAUCUUUGUGGAUGUCAAUAUCAGCGUGCAGCCAGAUGCAGGCGACCACCGUAUCGUGUAUGAUCAAAGUACCGGACUGAAAGAACUGUUGACCACGGUGGAUUACUAUACUCCGCUGACCCCUGGGGCCUCUUGGGCUGGCCGCGUCCUUGUAGUUAUACCCACGCGCCCUGGCUAUCUUGCGCGUACCAAAUGUUUCCAGGAGCGCUUUGCCGGGUGUGCUGACAUUGGUAUCUUUAAAGACCGCACUGUCUUCGGGCAACAGCUUGGCUGUAUAGAUAGCUGUAAGCUUUCGAAGUUGCUUGACGGCUGUGUUCUCAUGAUCGUGCGCCCCGACAAUCACCCUCAUUUAAGCGAUGACGCUACCGCCCUUGAGGAAGUCAAGGCUCGAAUAAGUUUUCAGUGGCUGGUUGAGAAUAAGCCGGAACAAAAGACUAUAGCCUUGAUCGAUGGCCAUAGAAACUUGGAGUCAUUUCUUCCUUUUUAUAUCUCUGCAACAGCACUUGGUAUCAAAUUUGUCAUUCUGGACCAUCCAGGAGUCUGGAUCUCGGAUCCAUCGAUGCGACACCUGUAUCAAAACUUCAUACCAGUCGACAUGACACAUGACGACGACUUUCAUAUACGAAUAGCCACGGCCGUGAAAUCAUACGGACAUGUGGACGGCGUCUGCGCUAUAGCAACCCGCUGCUUAGCCCCUGUUGCUAGAGCAGCAGCUAUGUUAGGCCUGCCGACGGAAUACCCUGACGCCAUAGCACGUGCUAGCGAUAAGCAUGAGACAAGGCUUGUUGCUGGAGGCGCUGAUCCAACAGCCCUUGUCUCAGGUGUGGCCGACUUAAAGAAUCAGAUUGCAAAGGAAGCUUUUAUUCCACAGUAUCCCCUCAUCGUCAAGCCAACACUAGGGACAGGUUCGGAGCAUGUCUAUAAAGUUGAGACCGAGGCCGAGCUGCUAGAGGGAGUAAGGCGUACUUGUGGAGCUUCUGGGAAGAAAGCGCUUAUAGAGGCUUAUAUUGACGGGCCUGAUCCGGGAGAUAAUGGCCCACUCCGUAGCGACUUUUGGGAGAACACCAACGUCCUGCCUUCGAAGCUACCGCCCAGCGAGUAUGCCAUUGUCCGCCAGAAAUUGCAUCAGAUUUUACUACAGUUUGGCCUCAAAACCGGAGUUUUCCACCUUGAAGCCCGCGUGCAAAACUCUUCCAUGGAAUAUAGAGAGAAAGAUGGCUUGCUUGAUUUGCGUUCGAGGCCAAACAUCAAGAAUAGCCAAGCACCUCGCUGUUUUCUGAUCGAGAUCAAUCCCAGGCCGCCAGGGUUCCCUUGUGUCAUUGCAACGGAAGCUGCCUAUGGUGUAAACAUGUAUGACUUGCACUUGCUUGCGUGUCUUGGGGACCACCGGCGGUUUCGAACUUUAGCCGAACCUUUUGAGCCACGUACUGCCCUCCCAAACUAUGCAAGGGCCUGGAGCCAGCUUGUCUGGCUCAGGGCUGACAAGGGAGGUAUUUGCGCGUCAAAUGACUUUUGUGCCGAGGUGCUCCAGCGGCUCCCCCCUGACGAUCGAGCGUUAAUCACGAAGUCGGCAUGCUUGUUCCGUCAUGGAGAUCGCAUUCCAGAGCCGCAGCCGGGGGUUGUCAUGUUUGCAGCGUUCUUUGUCGCCACGUCUAGGAGAAACCGCGAUGAUGUUGUGCGCGUCUCCCAGAAAUUGCAACGGGAAUUUUCUAUUCCAGUAAUUCCCACUUUAGGCGCAGCGUAA